AUGCGUGAAUCGGUCUCUCUGGUCAGGCACGGCCAGCGGCGAGUGCGGGAGGUCUUUGGUGAGGCCGGACCAGGCCAAAUCCGGCGUGCAGGUGGGGGCCGGUCAAAGCUGCCAGGGCCGUUCUUCUGGAUUGGUCGUAUGGUCGUAGCUUCCCGCUUUCCACUGGCGACCGAACCUCACCUUCAAUCUGAGGAGCGCGGCACCGUCGACAAUCCCAGCCAUCUCCUCUCACGACGUCGUCUGGCAAUUCCGCCCACCGAGGAUCGGUCUCUCAGCUCCAGCCAGCGCUGCAGGUCCUUCGCACCGCCUUUUGAACCGCGCUGGGAUCCAUCUCCGCCGCCUGCGUUCGCGUCCAGUCGCCGCACUCGUCCCGCCGCGACAGACCUCCUGCAGCUUCUACAUCGCGCCAUCACGACUGCUGACCGCCGCCGCCGCCGCCGCCGCCGUGAAGACCUCGUCACGCUCGUCACCGCCUUCCGCGUGCUCGUCCGCCCAUCAAUGAUCCGGCGCCAGGCUCUCCGCCAUCACUGA